CAUGCAAACUAAUGACUUCAUUAUGUUUUUGUGCUCAUAGGCUGCUUCUGCACAUGCUGUCGUUCUCAACAAUCUUCCCUACUGCUUCAGCUGUGUGGCUAGUUCUUGUGUGUUUUCUGACCUUCUCCAUCCAUGCCUCUGCUCCUUUGUGUUUAAAUCCUCCAUUUGAUGCUGUGCUGCUUAGAUACAUGUUGCAGCACAGCACCUCCCUCCUUGUCUCUGACUCAGUCAGGAUAUUUAUAGACAGACUCCUGCACCCUGGAGAGUUAAGACAGACCAAGUCCUUACGUGUAAUGCACAAAUAGAAGCAGUGGCUAAUCAAUAAUCAGGCUUGCUUUAUGGGUAUUUAUCCUGCCUCUAAUCUAGGAACAGCAAGAGCACAAUUACAUGCAAUUUAUUUUUCAUUAUAUUGGCAAAAUGUAAGGAAUCAAACACUUCAGGAUGUGCUGUUCUAAUAGCAGGGAGGUAAACAGCUACAAGAUGCAUUUAGCUGCGGUGAAAUCUGCACUUCCAGAGAGAGUCAUACCCAAGCCUCUUGAUAUACGGUUGCCAAAAGAACUCACCAGAGCCAACAUGGACGUUCUGAGAGUUAAUCCAGCGAGACAAGACUGCAAGUUGGCCAUGUAUGGGAAAACCCUCCAUACCCCAGUACUGGCAUUUAUGAAUGAGUUCACAAGGGCAGAACAUGCUCUGAUGCCCCCUCCAGUGCCUGUGAAGAAAGGCAAAGCAAAGCGAGUCAACCCCAGUGCAUUGUGCACUAACGCCCACAGCAAGGCACUCAGCGUCUUAAACAAAGCUGACCUUGUGACAUCUGCUCCAGGUGAUCCAGUGGUACAGAGUGACAGAUGUGCUCCGGGUUUUCCCGUGGCUUUCUGCUGUAGGAAUGAUUGUCCUGUCAACCUGGACAGACUGGACCUCGACCGUCGUGGUCUGAUGCAGUGCCCGGACCUGGAUGGGAUGAAUAAGCUCCGCUUUCUCAACCUGCAGCACAACCACAUCUCUCACCUUCCACACCUGGCUCACCUGCGACACCUCAUUUUCCUUGAUGUCUACAACAACUGCUUGACUGACAUGUCAGCUGUAUCACCACUCAGCUCCCUCCGGGUUCUCAUGCUCGGCAAGAACAGAAUUCAAAGGAUCUGUGGUCUGGACAGCCUAACAAAACUCGAUGUUCUGGACUUACACGAAAAUCAGAUCAGCAGGAUCGAGAAUGUGAGUCACCUAGCAGAACUCCGAGUGCUGAACUUGGCAGGAAACUGCAUUUCCAGGGUGGAGAAGCUGCAGGGCCUGGAAUCUCUGAUCGAACUCGACCUCAGAAACAACCACAUCUUCUCUGUACCGCAGCAGUCUGUGUGUCUGAGUGUGUUUAUGCAUGUGCGCAUGCGUGUGCGCUGGCCGGAUGGAGCAGUUUGCCGGCGCUGCAAGGUGACUGGACGAAUGACGGAGGUGGACCAGCUGCCCUGUCUCCAGCGUCUCUUUCUCAGUGCUAACAGCAUCAGCAGUUUUGAUGAGCUGGCCUGUCUGGGAGACUUGUGCUCUCUGAGUGAGCUCACCCUGGAUGGGAACCCUGUAGCUCAGGAGUCAUGCUACAAACAGACCGUGCUGCGCUGUGUGCUUCCACUCCGGCUGCUGGACAUGAAGCGCAUCACAGAGGAAGACAGACGCACAGCAAAUGUUUUAGCACGAAAGGAGGAUGAGAAGAAACGCGAGAGCCACAAACAAGCCGCUCACAAGGAGAAGCGUCGACUGGCCAUCCGUAAGGCAGCGCAGCAGUGGGAGGAUUCCAGGAGCUUUCUGGAGCUUCCAGCACAGAACGGAGGCAAGGAUGAGCUGAGCCCAGAGAACAGCCCCGCCCACAGCCCAGGACAGACCAAUGGGAUUGCUCAGGAACCCUCGCCCGAUGACCUCAGACGAGAUAGAGGAAGUCCUGUAACUGUACCUGAGCGUCCAGCAGGGGGCAGUGAAAGUAAAUUGCGUUCAGGCAGUCGGCCCAACAGCCCCCGAGACCCCAGACUCCAGGAGGCAGGGGGUGCCUGUGUGCAGAGUCUGUCUCUGUCUGAGAGCCACGUGGCUGAGCUGGAUGGCGAAACGGUGCGUCUGUUCGGUCCGGGAGCUCUGGACACUCUGGAAAGAGGUUGGGGCGUGCAGACAGCCAGCACCGUCACUACCAUCGCCUUCCGCUAUAUCCAGUUUGACAGCAUCGUGCCUACUCUGCCGCGCAUUCGCCUCAAAUUCCCCAACCUCACGCACUUGAUCUUUAUGGAGACUAAUAUAAACCGGCUGUUGCAGUUAGCAGCUCUAGCACAGAUAAAGAGGCUGGAGCAGGUGACCAUUGAUCCAGAGGGAAACCCUGUAGUGAGUCUCACUCUGUGGCGAUCCUUUCUCAUCUACAGACUCAACCAUCUCAACCUUCAGAAAAUCAAUGGCACGGAGGUGACUAUGAACGACGUCAUUGCGGCCGAGCGCAUUUUUGGGACCCUGGGUCACGUGGCUUCAACUGAAACACCACACUGUCGACUGCUUCUCCUGCUGGAGGAGUCCAGGAAGAGACAGCUGCAGUUCUUGCUGGAGGGCAGAGUUCGCAGGUUUGGAUUGAGCCCUGAGGAGCUGAGGGAAAACGGGAAGCUGCUGGGGGAAAGCAUGAGCCGUGCACUCUUUAACUACCCCAACAAGGACUCCAGCUCUGACAGUCCAGAGGAGAGCAGCAGUGAGGUGUUGGGGCGCAGCUCCGUGGUGGAUCAGUACCUGCGAGGACUCGUGCGCUCUGCCUCCAGCACCAGUGUGAAGGGAGAAGCACUGCACAAGCUCUGGCCCACCAUGUUUGUAGAGAUGGUGAGGGACUGUGUGCUUGAGACAAGGGACACAACGGCGUACACGCACACCUGCCUCGACACGCUCUCCAGCACCAAAUGAAAGGGAGGGGAGCGAUGAAAUGGAAAGCGUGCGGAGAGAAAUGAAAGGAUGUUUACUCCGCCCAGGAAAAAAAACAACAUUCCUGCUGUCUUUUUGUCCCGUUUCCAAAAACACAAUCUCCUAUGGAGAUUAGUCAAAUGUAGAAAUUUGAACUCGCGUAUGACUCGGAGGGACAGAACCAAUGAACCUCACUUAAGCUCUGACUGAGAAAUUAGGAAUGAACUUUGAUGAUUAAAACAUGAUGCCUGUGAUGUUUUUAUGCUUGUUCACCCACACAAGUGUCGCAGAAGAGUAGUAAGAGUAAUAUGCUAACGAGGUUUGCUAACGUCGGUCUUCCUAAUGAUGCUGCUAACAGACACACAAAAAAACAAACAAAAAAAAAAAUCCAGUCUGGGUUUAUUUUCUGUCUGCUGUCUAACUGCGAAACCCUAGAAGAGAUAAGACAAUUUUAUGUUUUAGCAUCUCUGUCUCUUUUUAUGCUGCUGGAUAGGAUCCAAAAGACAUGAACUCCUCUCGCACAGAGGGUUUUUUUGCGCUUUUGUUCUGUAUUUUACAGGAUAUUAAAAGAGAAUGAUGAACUCUUUAGUGCACAGCGUCUGAGUAAUGAAAGAAAAGCACAACGUGUUUCCAAAAUCAACAGCUACCACCGGAGACGGCGCACCAGGAGCUGCCGAAUCUGUCAAGGUGGCACUCGGCCCGCAUGAGUUGCUUAACAGAGCGUGAAAAAUGUUUUCCUUUAUCUGUACAAGUUCACAGGGAAGUUUUAGGUGUGUAAUUACCAGAGAGAGGAAUGUGCAGUAGUUAGCUUCUCUGUUUUUGUUUAAGAAUUGACUUUCGACAUAUCCUCUAAUUACACACACACACACGCAGAGGUACACAUGUUUUAUUGCUGUUUGUAUGCUGAGACGUUGAUCUCUAGGUAGAUCACUUUUAUACACGUAACUACUGUGUAAAUGGUGUUACAGGGGAAAAAAAGCACGAGGGAAAUGUACAAGUUUGUGUAGAUCUAUAAACAUGACUCCAGACCUAAUGGGCAUUUUGUAAAUGAGAUACGAUCCUGUUUAUCCUGAAGGUUCUGAAGAGAAGAGAUGUGUGUGUGUGUGUGUGUGUGUGUGUGUGUGUGUGUGUGUGUGUGUGUGUGUGUGUGUGUGUGUGUGUGUGUGUGUGUGUGUGUGUGUGGUGGCCUGGGAAAACCCUUCAUAAUGCUUUCUACUACAUAUAAAGUGGAUAUAAAAAAAGUUUACAUCCUCUGUUCAAAUAGAUGGGUUUUUUAUGUAAAAAAAAAAGAAAGAAAGAAAGAAAGAUAAAUCACAUCAGAACCUUUUCCAACAUCGGUGUGAAAUUACAGAGUAUAAAAGUGAAAUAAAACAAUCAUUACUCUUUUAGGAAAUGGUAGGUGUACACAAAUUAAAAAGUAAGUGCACACAGAUUUAUGGAAUGAACCAAUCAUGUUAAAUCUCAUGUUCCAAAGUCAUUCUCUGAUUCUGAUUAAACCCUAAAUAAAGA